AUGUGCGCAGACGAGUCGCACCCACUUCAGACGCAGAUAGUUAUAAAGCAUUCGUCCCCGAUAGAUAAUAUAAAAGAUGAUAAGAUUUGUAAGACACCGAAUGUAAAUUUGCUCUUACUUGAUUCCCGAAAAACAGAUGACGAAAUAGUAACUCCAAAUACAAGGGCAUUAUCAAAAUCUUUUGUUUCUACAAAAAGUUACAAAUCUCCAGUAGAUGGUCUACGGUGCAAAAUGGAUUUAUACAAAAAUAGAUUACCAAAGGAUAAAGAUUAUUAUGGCCCCGUUUUGAAGAAAGACGGUACACAAUUAGAUUAUUUGUUCGGAUCUUAUUAUAGUGUUACAGACAUGUUAUGA